AUGGCAAAGUCCGACACAGCCGAAUCGGGCUCGGCCCAUACUCCUCGGACAAAAGCGCGCCCUCCACCCCCACCCUUCUACCUACCUCUAAACGCCACCCUGUACCUGUGUCUUAUUGCCAACGGUCUUGCAGCUCUAUACUCGCCUAUUCAAGACUGCGACGAAGUCUUUAACUUUUGGGAACCUACACACUAUCUUGACCAUGGGUAUGGACUUCAGACAUGGGAGUAUUCUCCGGUAUACUCAAUCCGAAGCUGGCUCUACGUGUCGCUUCAUGCAGCAGUGGGCAAGCUAGGAUCCUUGUUUGUCCAUACCAAGUCGGCCGAUUUCUACUUUAUUCGCAUCAUCCUCGCCAUCUUCUGCGCUGCUUGCCAGACAAGGCUAUACUCCUCUAUCUGCCGAACCCUUAAUCCCCGUAUCGGCCUUCUAUUCCUCCUGAUCGCCUUGUUUAGUCCGGGCAUGUUCCAUGCGUCAACCGCUUUCCUGCCCUCGACUUUCACCAUGUAUACAUCUAUGCUUGGUCUGGCUGCAUUCUUGGACUUGAAAGGUGGGCCGAAGAUUGCGCAGGGAAUUAUGUGGUUCGGUCUUGGAUCAAUUGUUGGCUGGCCGUUCGCUGGUGCUCUGAUUGUGCCUCUCCUGUUCGAGGAAUUCAUCAUCAGUAUAUUCUCCCGAACCAUCGGCACUCUAUUUUAUGCAAUGUUUGAUGGUGCCCUGCGGUGUCUCGGUAUCAUGGCCCUCGAGGUAGCGGUCGACUACGCUUUCUUCCGCAAGAUUGCGCUGGUACCUUGGAACAUUGUCGCAUACAACAUUUUCGGUGGUCAAGGAAGGGGCCCUGAGAUCUUUGGUACCGAGCCAUGGUCAUUCUACAUUCGAAAUCUGCUGCUGAACUUUAACGUUUGGUUUGUUCUCGCAAUGCUGUCUGCUCCGCUCCUCCUUGUGCAGGCCAUCUUCCGCUCUCAGGGCACCUCUAUUCAAACUCUCAUGCGCUCUAUCACCUUAGUCGCGCCUUUCUAUAUGUGGUUCGGUAUCUUCACGAUCCAGCCUCACAAGGAGGAACGAUUCAUGUACCCAGCGUACCCGUUCCUCGCCCUCAAUGCCGCUCUUUCAUUCCAUCUGAUCUUGACAUACGUUGGAUCUAGCAAUCCAAAGGAUAUCAUCGGCCGUGUACCUGCAAAGUUGAAGCUAGUCGCCACUUUGUCGGUCGUUAUGGUGGCCGUCAACGCCGGCAUGCUACGCAUCUUAGGCAUGGUGACCGCAUACAAUGCUCCGUUGAAGGUUCUCGAACCAUUGCAGCAGGCGGAUAUUUCGCUCGCAGGAUCUUCAGUAUGCUUUGGCAAGGAGUGGUACCGCUUUCCUUCGUCUUAUUUCCUCCCGCAUGACAUGCGAGCCAAGUUCAUCCGGAGCGAGUUCAAGGGCCUUCUACCGGGUGAGUUCCCCGACGCACCCAGUCCCUUUGGCCGGAUGGAGGGUGCGUCAAAGAUUCCCUCGGGAAUGAAUGAUUUGAACAUUGAGGACCCAAGCAAAUAUGUCGAUAUUUCUCAGUGUUCAUUCUUAGUUGACUCAUACUUCCCUAACCACGAGGCGACUGACCUGGAACCUCACUACGUACAGGACGAGUCCCAAUGGGAGUCACUCUGUUGUGAGAGGUUCCUGGACGCCUCCCAGACCGGUCUGGUAGGACGGCUCAUCUGGGUUCCCGAUCUCCCAUUUGUCCCGGAAAAGUUCCGGCGCAGAUACGGCCAGUACUGUCUCUUGCGGCGUCGUGGUGGCGCGAGCAGUGUAUAA